GGGGGGAUUUCCAGAAGAACAGCGAUAUCUGUCGCGGUGCACUCUGGGUAGAUAGUCAGCAAAUCCAAGAUGGCGGCAAGCAGGAGGCUUCAUAAGGAACUUGAUGAAAUCCGCAAGUCUGGAAUGAAAAACUUCCGCAACAUUCAAGUCGAUGAGUCAAACAUUUUGACUUGGCAAGGGCUUAUUGUUCCUGAUAACCCCCCUUAUGAUAAAGGUGCAUUUCGGAUUGAGAUAAUUUUUCCAGCUGAGUAUCCAUUCAAGCCACCCAAGAUCACAUUUAAAACAAAGAUCUACCACCCGAACAUAGAUGAGAAAGGGCAGGUGUGCUUGCCAGUCAUAAGUGCUGAAAACUGGAAACCUGCAACCAAAACCGACCAAGUAAUCCAGUCUCUCAUCGCCCUUGUCAAUGACCCUCAGCCGGAGCACCCACUGAGGGCCGACCUAGCAGAGGAAUACUCAAAAGACCGUAAAAAAUUCUUUAAGAAUGCAGAAGAGUUUACAAAGAAACAUGGUGAAAAGCGACCAGUGGACUAAUAAGAUGAGUGUCAUUCCCACUCUCCUUUUUGCCCGCCUCUUCAAAUCUUUAAACCUCUGCCUCUUCCUGUGCCCUCCCACCAAAGCUCCUAGCAUCCACUCUGAACUUGGAGCAGAGCAUCCCAAAAGCAUUUCAACCUUGCUACAGGACUUUUAUGACUCAGUUGUACUUGCCCUCUGGGUGCCAACUGGAUGGCUGUUUUUUUCUAUAGUGUAUAAAGUGUAUGUGAUCCAGAUGCAAGUGUAAAUGGAAAAUUGGACAAAAUGGCAAGAUUUAGGUGUUGAGAGUGGGGGUAAAUGCUGUUCUUUUUAAUUUGUUCUUAAUUUGCACAGAGCUGUGUACUGGUCAUAAAACCUGCUGUGCAAUGAAUUAUGACUGUUUUUCUUCUCCCAGAGCUUAUUACUACAGUGGAAUUCAUUAUACACGAUGUCUCAGAAGUCUCCAUAGAAAGAGGAAAUGAAAAACUUUUUAGCAAAGUAUUUACAAAAACCUUUUGAAUUAUUUCAUUAUAUAUUUUUUUGUUCAACAGCAUUGAAAGGCUGUCUGGGGAAAAAUAAUAUAUAAAUUAACUAUGAAAUCUUUGUCAUUUUGUUAAAAGAAAUAUGAAUGGAGAUUUCUGGGACACCUUGUAUUAUGUCUGUUCUGUAUUUUUCUUCCACAAACAUGUUUUUGUUUUGGGCAAAAAUCCAUCAACUAAAUGGUAGAUUACACUUAAUGUAUCAAGGUUCUAAAGGUGUGUGGCUUACAUUUCUUUUAUAUUUCUUUUUAUUCUUUUUUUCUUUUGUUUGUUGCUUAGGUUGCACUGUAUUCUGUGGAUCAAAGUGUUAUGUUCUUCAUAACCUCUGUAAUUCAUUCAAUAUACAAAACUUCAGCUUAGUCACUGUUACCAGUAAUGUUUAUGAUGUUAUAAAAAAAAAAAGGAGGAAAAAAACCCCAA